UUGGGCGAACAUAGCGACUAUUAGCUACACUGACACAGAGUACAUACAAUCGAGUUUAUCGAGCGUCUGUGUGAAUUUCAAAGUGGAUGAAACUAAGAUCGUGUUAUAAAUUAUGGAACCAUUUACAAAAAGACUAAAGAUUUAAUUGAUCGGUGAAACAAUAUUCGAAAUUGUAAAUUGCAUGUCCGCUCUAAAUUUGUAAAAAGUAAACACUCAUAAAUCAUGUUGAAUACGAUGAAAACGUGUUUAAAGACUUACGUACAGAAACGUAGUAAAAAUAUACGCUUAAAUAAACCGGAAAAUAAAAAAUCUACUUCAAAAACAUUACCAGUUUUUCAGUAUCCGAUAAGUAAGGCAGGAGAUUACAGAAUAUAUGCUUGGGGUAUGGCAGCGCAUGGUGCGCUCGGAACAUCACAGUCUACCUUGCAUAAAAAAGGCAUUUCUUUUAUUCCGAAGCCGAGACGAUUGGCUUUCGGUGAAAAGUGUGACGUGAUGGAUGUAACUUGUGGUUACGGUUUCACUGCCUUUGCUAUAAAAUCUAACGAUAAAAACAUUCUGUAUGGAAGUGGAAUAAACACUGAUUCGCAGAUUGGAUUCAGCGAAGGAGACAAAAAGUUUCCAGAUGACCUGAUAAUCGAGCCAAGACCUAUUACUUUACCACUCAAAGAAUCUUCGACCAAUGUUAUAGAUAUCGCAGCUGGAAGAGCACAUUUAUUAGUGUUAACCAAUGAAGGCUUAUUUACGUUAGGGAACAAUGCAUAUGGACAAUGCGGCCGGCGUAUAAUAACUAAUGAAAAUUAUAACAAAAGUAGAGUAGUUUAUCAUAUACCUGAUAUUAAGGGUAACAAAAUUAUAGCUGUAUCGGCUGGCCAAGACCACAGCAUACUCUUAACAGAAUCUGGUGAAGUCUAUACGUUUGGCUGGGGUGCAGAUGGACAAACAGGCUUAGCACAUUAUCGAAACGAAUAUAGACCAAGCUUGGUAAAAGGAGACUUGGCUGGACAGCAUAUUAUAAAAGUUGCUUGUGUUGCAGAUUGCGUAUUGGCACUCAGUGAUCAUGGAAAAGUAUUUGGUUGGGGUAAUUCGGAGUAUGGUCAGUUAUUUACUACCGGUGAUAAUCAUCAGAUAAACAUAGCUACGGAAUUGAAGGAGUUGCAAGAGUUGGGCCAUAUCACUGAUAUCGCGAGCGGUGGUUGUUUUUGUAUGGUUUUGAACAAUGCAGGUAACGUUUAUGUAUGGGGAUAUGGUAUUCUUGGUUUUGGACCAAAUGUUACACAUGUCGCGCAGCCAAACAAAAUUCCAUCUGUUUUAUUUGGCAAAAAUGCAUACGACAAAAGUACGAAAGUGACCAACAUAUUUUGUGGUAUGAGUCAUCUUGCAGCUUUGACUAAUAAAGGCGAUCUGUAUAUGUGGGGUUGUAAUAAGUUUGGAGCAUUAGGAUUAGGAGAUUCGAAAGAUCAAUUUUUUCCAUUAAAAGUAAAUGUUGGAGCUCAAGUAAAAAAAGUUGCUUGCGGAAUAGAUCAUACAGUUACCAUUUGUAAACCUUUUGUUUGAAACCUAAUAUAUUUUCCAUUAUACGUGGUAAUACAUUGUUUAUCAAAAUUAUGUACAACUCGAUUUUUUAUUUCAAUCUGUUAUAAAAAUACUGUG